GAUGUAUCGUUGUUAACCAUUACUGUAUUACCAUAGCAUUUAAUAUGUCCAAUCAAUUAACACUAUCGACAUGGUCUCGGGCCCAAUAACUUGUGAGCACACAAGUUACGUACGCUGUAAAUCCGUAUGCCUUUACGCCUUUAGCGUAGUGCCCACGCUCACAGUAUGCCGUCGCAUACUCAACGGACGUAUGUACCCGAGCUGUUUUCUGGGUUAUUUAGGGCGUCAGUGCGAGCACAGCUCCGGGGCUUCGCUGCAUCCACCUAGCAGUACGAUUAGCCUCCACUUCAAGGCAACUGGCAUCGAGACUACACCCUCCACCUCUUUACCCUGGCGUCUUGCUGUGCAAAGCGACCCGGUUGCUAACCUCUAGCCUAAAACCUGCACAAUAAGCAAGCAAACUCGGGUCUGGUGUGCAUGCAGCAGAAUGGAUCCGGCGAGGCAUCAAAGGGAGAGCCACCCGCGCUCGCCUUCAGCCCGCUGCCCAUGGCUUCUUCACGAGUGAGGAGGUUCGCUCAGGAGGGACGGGCGGUCCCUCAGCCGAGAGUGAUGGUGGUGUUUUCAGAGGCGAGAGAGGCCGACGAAGCGGGGGAUGUCAUGUCGAAUUCGGAGGCUGCGGAAAAGGAGUUCCGUGUGCCUGCAGUGUCGACGCCUAAUCGGACCAUAGGGAAGUCCCUGCACACCUUUAACGCAUCGCAAGAGUUUCCUGAGGUGAUUUCCCUCAACGUAGGUGGGACAUUGUUCACCACGCGCCUAUCCACCUUGCGCCGUUAUGAAGAUACGAUGCUGGCGGCCAUGUUUAGCGGACGACACCAUGUCCCGCGGGAUGCUGAGGGCCGCUACUUCAUCGACCGUGACGGGACUUAUUUUGGGGACAUUCUGAACUUCCUGCGUGAAGGGCAGCUGCCCCAGCGGGACAGAGUGCGCGCCGUGCACAAGGAGGCCCAGUUCUAUGCUAUUGGACCCCUGUUGGAAAGCCUGGAGGAUACCCAGCCUCUGACUGGAGAGAAAGUGAGACAGGCUUUCCUUGACCUCCUGCCCUAUUAUAAAGAGAAUCUGGAGCGGAUCGUGGAAAUCGCAAAGCUGCGCGCCAUGCAGAGGAAGGCGCGCUUCGCCAAGCUGAAGAUCUGCGUGUACAAGGAGGAGAUGCCCAUCACGCCGUACGAGCGCCCGUCGUUCAACACACUGCGCUUCGAGCGCUCGGAGAGCGAGACCAAGCUGUUCGAGCACCACUGCGAGGUGGAUGUCUCAUUUGGGCCGUGGGAGGCCGUGGCGGACGUUUACGACCUGCUGCACUGCAUCGUCAGCGACCUGGCAGAGCGCGGCAUCGCCGCCGACCAGCAGUGCAUCGGGGUGUGCGACAAGCACCUUAUCAACCACUACUACUGCAAGAGGCCCAUCUAUGAGUUUAAAAUCACCUGGUGGUGAAGGAGGGUAACAGCAGCAGGCCAGGCGUAUGUAGGAGCCACAGAGAUGCGGCACACCUGUUGCUUACCAUUUAAGUUGCAAAGCUCCUUAUAAAAGGACUUUGUGAGAUCUGUUGCACUGGUUGUAGUCUGCAAUCCAAAAGUUUCUCCUCGUGGUAAUUAUUCUUUAUUCUUAAGUUUAUAAGUAGUGGCAUCAUGUAUUUCAACAUUUGAAUUAGUAUUGUCUCCCCCCCCCCACCACCAUCUGGAACAGAUUCUUACUCUUCUGGAACAGUGGACAGUGUUGUCUUUUGUGAUGUGGUGCAGCUUUUUGAGUCUGAGUCUACACACCAUGUGUUUCUGUGGUAAUCCCACUGUGAAUGUAGCUCCAGAGAGGGUUGGAUCACUCAGUUCAGCCAGAUUGUGAGUCACUCGGUUGUGAUGUAUUUGUUUUUGCUUUGGGUUUGGUCAUACCUUUUGGUCAAGACUUCAUCCCUGUCAUGUCUGUUUGGUUUAAUUCAUUUUCUUUGCACUGCUGCUUCCAACAGGACAUGCAAGACUAUUCACAAGAAGUAAUCUUUUUAAGCCUGAAGGCUUAUAAGGCACCUGAUAUUUAAACACACAAAUUCUGCUCUCUGCCAAAAGUCAUAAAUGUUAUUUAUAGAAGUCUCAUAUCAUAUGUUUGCUUUGCAAAGGGAUAUAAUUUAGAAUGCAUACCAGUUUGCUUCAGCUGGAUCUGUGUAAUACUUUUUAAAUUGUGAACUAAAGCGUAUGCUAAGAAACGCUGCACUAAAUGGACUGUUAGUCACCUUAUUCCAGUUAAGGUUACCUCCCACACUGCUGGUCUGGUUUGCUUCAUCUGUCUGCUUCUAAUGGCAUUAUUUUCUUUCUGGGGAGGAUGUAGCUCUCAUGCCUUAUUAAAGGAGAAUAACUUCUUACUGAGAUUAAUAUUUAGACAAACGUCAUUAGCACUAAGGAACAGUUCAACUGUAGCCAUGUGAUGGAGUUGUCAUGCCUAUGUCUCGUACUGUUGUUUUUAUUCAGCGUUGAGGGCAGCAAAGACCUCGGCGGUUGCAUGAACUCUCAGCGUGUGUCGGCCGUAGAAUUUUCCGACUAGCCCGAGAAAUCUGCAUUUCACUGGCCACCACGAGCAGAUUCUGCAUUUUGGUUCAUUGGGACUUUUUGGCUGAAGGUUAACUGCUAGCACCCUGCUGUUAAUGAAGUGAAAUGUAAUGUAUAUUCAACAAUGUUAUGGUAAUGCUUUAUUGUGCUAAAAAUAAAUUAUGUAUAUUUUGACAUUUU